AUGUCGACAUCGGAUGAGGACAGGACUGUUGAGAGACAUAACUUUGGUCCAAAUAAUUAUGAUUUUGGAAAAGUAGUCAAAAAUUCAGAGGAAAGAAGUGACAGAAGUCACGAUAUCUCCAAAAUGGGAAGCAAUGGGUUUAUGAAUAAAAAGCAAAUUCUAAUGAGAAGUAAACCGAAGCGCGCUUUCAAUUUACAAAAGGAUUCAGUGCUUAACGAAGAGUCAUAUUCAGCAGAAUCUCCGGUCAUUAGUGGCGACCGAAGAAUGGAUACGUUUGAAGUGAAUUACGGCAAUGAGAAUAAGGAAGUGUCCGAUCAUGUCAUCAAUAAAUAUGAAGACAACUCCGAAGAGAAUUACAGAUCGCAACCAAUUAAAGACGAAUCGCUUAUAAGAUUAGAGACUGUUUUAGAAGAUCUGAGAAAACUCACAAAAUCUCAAUCCAUUAGUUCGGACGCCUUCUCUAAUAAUAGGCAUAACAAGAGUGAAAAUAAUUACAAUUUAUUAAUCAAUGCUUUGGUCUCAAGAAAUGGAAAACCAGAGCAUUUGAAGUUUGAUUGGUUGACCACUGAUUGGUCGAUAUGCGAUCAGCCCUGCAAUGGCACUGAAUAUCAAGUUAGAGACAUCCAAUGUCUUGUAAUCUAUGAGAAUAUCUCCAAAACAAUAGACAAUAUGUUUUGCACCGACGCCGGACUCAUCGCUCCGAAGACUAUCCGUAGUUGUAGACAAUCUGACUGUCCGUUUUGGCAAACGAGUCAGUGGUCUGAUUGCAAUCAAUGCAUUGACUUGAGGACUGGUAUGCAAUACAGGGAAGUGAGUUGUUCUCUAAAUAAUGGAACAAUUCUGGAUCAUAACGAAUGCCAAUCACAGGACAAACCAAUUACUCAAAAACAAUGCAUCAAUGAUUUAUGUGAGGCCACCUGGGUCACUGGUCAAUGGACUCAUUGUACCGCAAAGUGCAAUGAAGAGGGCUAUCAGUGGCGUACAAUUGAAUGCGUUUGGUUUAAUUCGGGACAAUCAGCCGGUAAUGCCUGCAAUGAUAAGACCAAACCCGAUGUCGUCAAAUCCUGCUCUAAUGACUCCUGUAAUCCAAGCAAUGAGUGUGUGGACACAUCCAAACAUUGUCAUUUGGCUAAAUCACUGAAUAUGUGUCGAAUUGCUCAUUACAAACACCAAUGCUGUCAGUCCUGUCAAAGUUAUCCAUAAAGCACUUCUUCGGUUGUUAUAUUCAUAAUUUUGACACAUUUUUAAUUUAUAUCAUAAAAUCAAUUGAAUUGAAAACUUGAUUUUGAAAAUUUUAAUCUGUUAUUCAGUAUAGCCAAAC